AUGAAGCUACCGUUCAUAAAGAAUACAAAGCUGUCCAUCUUAUCAAAUGAUAUGAUGUGCUGUAUGGAACAAGUGCAGAUUGGAGAAGAUUUAAUUAACAAACUAAAAGAAAGCAUGGUCAACUGCUGUGAUCACAGCUUUGGUAUGAUUGAUAAACCUAUUUUUAAUAAGUCAGUGAAAGCAUGGGAACACUGUUUUUUAUUCGCAAGAGAUAAAGUCAUCGCACAGUGUUCCAAUAAUGAGACGCUGAAUGAAGAAAAUUUAUACUUUUUAAAGUCAUUGGUGUUACAAUUACCAACCAAGAUGAUCCCUAGCACUAGUAGUCAAAGCAACAGUAGUAGCCAUAGUAACAGCAGUAGUCAUAGUAAACUGUCACCACAGUUUAUGAUGAACAAUAAUAUAACACUUCCCAAAAACAUAAACAACCAGCGCUCCGUGUAUGUCUAUCAUAGCUCAUCAUCAUCUUCACCCUUUAAAAUCAGAGAAAAAUCAGCAUCAUCAGCAACGUUAUUAUCAUUUGAAUCGCCUUAUUGGUACUCAUCACCUGAACAACAAAUGUUAAGUAAUGCACCACUAAUAGAGGAUUCAGUAUCAUCGUCACCGGAUUCACUAAAAUGCCUAUUGACGAACCUGUAUAAUGAAAUAGAAGAAGAUGUCAAGAUAUUUACAAGAUAUGUAAAUAAUCAAUGUGUAAAUAUAAUCGUUGUAUAUCUUUAUCAAGAAAUAUCCACAGUCAUCAUUUGUAAACAAGAUAAAAAAUGGAAUCAUCAGAUAAAGCAGUUUAAGGCAUCAUUUAAAAGCCAAUUAUCAGAUUUUUAUGCUUUUCUGUUAACCAAAGAAUCAACACAUUUCACCAAUCUAUCAUUCACGCUAAACUUUCCUGGAUUAAUUCAUUUUAUUUAUCGUGAAAAUGGCAUAUUGAUCACACCUUUAUUGACCGAUUUAAACGAGCUGGAUAAAAAUCAUGAAUUAUUAUACCAAGUAAUAUAUCAUUGUAAGAAAAUAGAUCAAAAGAGAAAAUGGCCUACCCUGAAAGAAGUUAGACGAAUGGCCUCAGUAAAGUCCAGCAAGAGACGAGGAUACUGA